CCCCCCCCCCCCCAAAAAAACACCCCACAAUCUUCUCUAUGUUUGUCCUGCAACCUUAAAUCUAAUCUAAAUUUUGUUUUCUGCAACUUUUAGUACUACUAAUAAGUACUAUAACAAUUAGUCCCUUGUUCUUUAUUUUUAUUUUUUUACUCCUUAAUAUUUUUUGUUUCAGCUUAGCUAGUCUAGCACUCUAGCAUAGUCCCAGGUUUUCUGUGUCCCUUUGUUUUUAAGUGUUUGUUUUCUUCUUCUAUACGCAAUGUUUUCUUCAUUUCUUGACAUGAGUUCUACUUGGUUACAUUUUAUUUCCUUAAUUUAAGGGCUUCCCAGCUUUUUGGUUAUGUUUCAUUUUUCAAGAUUCCUUAAAUGGAAUACUCACCUUCAACUAGUCACAUUGUUUGAGCAUUUCAAGACUCCCUUUUUUCUUCCACCCCACCCCCUUACCCACACACACUCACUCAAAUUCUUUAGAAAAUUUUAGUGUAACAUUAUUAUCAUUAAUGGAUUCUUGAUUGUUCCAUUUGGUUGUUUUGGAGGGAAAAAGAAGAAAGAAGAAGAAAAAUUGAAGCAAAAAGGUGUUUUCUUUGACAACAAACUCUUGAGCAUUUCAAGACUCAAUUUUUUUCUAUCUAUAAACCCUAUAUUUUUCAUUAAUGCAUUCUUGAUUGUUCCAUUUGGUUGUUUUGGAGAGAAAAGGAAGAAGAAAUUAAAGAAAAGGUGUUUACUUUAGAAAAACAACCUCUUGAGCAUUUCAAGACUCAAUUUUUUUCUAUCUAAACCCCUUUUUUCACCCCACCCCACACCACCGCACGACCCCCCCCCCCCCCUCCAAAAAAAAAAAAAAAAAAAAAAAAAGAGGAAAAAUAAAGAGGAGGUUCUGUUGAAAAUUCCCAUUUGGUUGUUUUAGAGGGAAAAGGGAGGAAAAAGAACAAGAAAUUGAAGAGAGAGGUGUUUUCUUGAAAAAAUUUCAAGAAUGUCACUUUUGAGCAUUUUGUUAACUGUGUUUUUCCUAGUUGGUUUGUUAUCAAGAUUCCAACUUGGGAAUUCCCAGUUAGUUUUUGAUGAUCAAAAUGUAGUGGAAGCAAUUGGGAAAGAGUUAUCAGUCCCUGGAUGGGGUCUAAAUACAACUGAUUUCUGUUCUUGGAAUGGCAUUGUUUGCAGCUCAAACAACAGUUCAAUUGUAGAAAGACUUGAUCUUUCUGGUUUUAGAUUACAAGGUAAUUUGAAUCUAAUAUCUGAGCUCAAAGCAUUGAAGUUUCUAGACCUUUCUAAUAAUAACUUCCAAGGGUCUAUUCCAGUUGCAUUUGGAAACAUGUCUGAGCUUCAGUUUCUUGAUUUGUCUUUUAACAAAUUUGGAAACUCAGUUCCUAGUGAAUUAGGUAAGCUUAGAAACAUUAAGGCAUUGAACCUAUCAAAAAACUGGCUUACUGGAGGUUUACCUGAUGAGCUUAAAGGGUUGGUGAAUUUGCAAGAUUUUCAAAUAUUUAGUAACUUCUUGAAUGGUUCUAUCCCAAUGUGGAUUGGUAAUUUGACCAAUCUUAAGGUUUUUACAGCUUAUGAGAAUGAGUUUAGUGGUGAUGUUCCUGUUAACUUAGGAUUGUACUCUGAGCUUUCUUUGUUGAACCUUCACUCAAACCAACUUGAAGGUACUAUUCCUGGGAGCAUUUGUGCUAAUGGGAAUCUUGAAUUUCUUGUUCUAACUCAGAAUAAGUUGACCGGAACGAUUCCUGAUUCGAUUGGGAAUUGUAAAGGACUUUCAAGUAUUAGAAUUGGUAAUAACAAGUUGAUUGGAGGCAUCCCUAAAUCAAUUGGGAAUAUCAGUAGUCUUACUUAUUUUGAAGCUGAUAGUAACAAUUUGUCUGGUGAAAUUGUACCAGAGUUUGCUAAGUGCUCUAAUUUAACUCUUCUUAACUUAGCUUCAAAUGAGUUUAAUGGAACUAUUCCUAGUGAGUUUGGUCAGCUAAACAAUCUUCAAGAAUUGAUUGUUUCUGGUAAUAACCUUUAUGGAGAGAUUCCAACGUCAGUUCUUAAGUGCAAGAAUCUCAAUAAGCUUGACUUAAGCAACAACAAAUUCAACGGCACGAUACCGGCGGAUAUAUGCAACACUUCAAGAUUGCAAUAUUUGCUUUUGGGGGAGAAUUCGAUUCGAGGGGAAAUACCUUAUGAGAUAGGGAACUGUGUAAAGUUGCUUGAGUUGCAAAUGGGGAAUAAUGAACUUACUGGAAAUAUCCCUCCUGAGAUUGGUCAUAUGAAGAACUUGCAAAUUUCGUUGAAUUUGAGUCAUAAUCAUCUCCAUGGCAAAUUGCCUCAAGAUUUAGGAAAACUUGACAAGUUGGUUUCUUUAGAUGUUUCUAAUAAUCGACUCGUUGGGAAUAUUCCGCCCGCAUUGAAAGGCAUGCAGAGUUUGAUAGAGGUUAAUUUUUCGAGCAAUCAAUUAGCCGGUCCAAUACCGACUUUUGCACCCUUUCAGAAAAGUCCUAAUUCAAGUUUUCUUGGAAACAAAGGGCUAUGUGGUGAUCCUUUGAGUGAUGGUUGUGGAGAUUUAAACAGCUAUGAAGGUCACAAGGUUUCUUAUCGAAUAGUUUUGACUGUUAUCGGUUCUGGUUUGGCAGUUUUCAUAUCAGUUACUGUAGUUGUUUUGCUGUUCAUGAUGAGGGAGAAACAAGAGAAAGCUGCAAAGGAAGCUGGAAAGGCUGGAGAUGAUGAUGAAAUAUCUAGCAAACCGGUGAUACUAGCGGGGAACAUAUUCGUUGACAAUCUAAAGCAAGCGAUUGAUUUUGAUGCAAUUGUAAAGGCGGUCAUGAAAGACUCGAAUAAGAUUUGUGUUGGUACUUUCAGCACUGUGUAUAAAGCGGAAAUGCCUUCGGGGAUAAUUUUGUCGGUGAAGAAGUUAAAGUCUAUGGACAAAACCAUAAUUCAUCACCAGAGUAAGAUGAUCAGAGAGCUAGAGAAGCUUAGUAAACUCGUUCAUGAUAAUCUUGCUAGGCCCAUAGGGUUUGGAAUCUAUGAAGAUGUCGUUCUUCUGUUGCAUGAAUAUUACGCUAACGGAACGUUGACUCAAUAUCUUCAUAACCCUAGCCAGAGAGAAACUGAAUAUAAACCCGACUGGCCAACGAGACUUGCCAUUGCCACCGGAGUUGCAGAAGGAUUGGCAUUCCUUCAUAAUGUGGCGAUCAUCCAUCUCGACAUUUCCUCCGGGAAUGUGCUUCUUGAUUCAAAUUUCAGGCCUUUGGUUAGUGAAGUUGAAAUAUCUAGGCUUCUCGAUCCGUCUAGAGGGACUGCAAGUAUCAGUGCUGUUGCUGGCUCAUUUGGAUAUAUUCCUCCAGAGUACGCAUAUACAAUGCAAGUAACAGCUCCUGGAAACGUUUACAGCUACGGGGUUGUUUUGCUCGAGAUCCUUACCACCCGACUGCCCGUUGAUGAAGCUUUUGGUGAAGGAAUAGAUUUGGUGAAGUGGGUACAAGGUGCACCUGUAAGAGGGGAAACACCAGAGCAGAUACUCGAUGCAAAGCUCAGCACCAUUUCAUUUUCUUGGAGAAAGGAAAUGUUAGCAGCGCUGAAGGUUGCAUUGCUAUGCACUGAUGUGACACCAGCAAAACGACCAAAGAUGAAGAAGGUGGUAGAAAUGCUGCAAGAAAUCACGGAAAGCUAAAUGGAAGUUCGUAUCGUCAAAUCAAAGUAUGUCUCGAUCUUGGUCCUUUGUAUGUGAAUGCGCCUGUCAAAUUACAAUCUUGGUCCUGUGUUUGUGAAUGCUUCUGUAAAAUUACAAGUGUACGACAUUCUUAGUCGAGAGGACAAAAUGGUCGAAUUCUUAAGGGUAUGAUGUGUCUUUACCAUUUUGUUUUGGGGCUUCAAGCCUUCAAUUAUGUGAUCAAGAGUUAUUUUUUAUCCAAAAGAUGUAAAUGUAAGUGAUGCAGAUUAAUUUCUCGCUAGGAUGAUAUGUUUACAAAUAGAAUGAUCUUUUCUUUU